CCCAUGUCGGAUCCUUCCCUGGUUGCGCAAGCUCCCAAUGCUUUCCCAUACGGCACCGUCGGCGUCUUUCUUGUGACCACAUUUAUUGCCUGCGUCCUGAUUGACAGAAUGCUAUCAAGUAGCAUCAACAAGAUUCCGGGCCCAUGGUAUCUGAAACUGAGUACUGUGCCUUUGAAAUGGCAUGAUGCACGAGGACAGACGCGCUUGUGGGUACACGACCUACACAUGCGGUACGGCCCUGUCGUCGCAAUUGCUCCUUCGUAUGUGCAUUUUGCUACCGCAGCGGCGGCAAAGAUCAUUUACACCAAUGGUGGUAAGGAUUUCCUGAAGACGGAAUUAUACGAUGUGUUCCGGCAAGAGGGCCAUGAGAACCUUUUUACAGCUAUAGAACCAAAGAAGCACGCGAUGAUCCGUAGAGGAUUGGCGGAUCGUUACUCCAAUUCCAACAUCCUCGCGUCGAAAGUCAUCGAAAGCAUCAACGAGCGCGCCGACACCUUCGUUCAAGCAUGCACGCGGACGCCUUCAGUCGAUAUCUACUUCUACCUUCAUGCCUACGCGCUCGACUGCGUCACCUCCAUUUUGUUUCACCCACACGGCACUCGCUCUCUGGAUCAAACCGAUGACAAACGCAUCAUACAAUACAUGUCCUACCGAGAGGGCGGUCACGCCUGGAUUCUAGAACACUACCUCCCUGUUUUGAGCAAAGUUCGCGCAUAUUUAAAUCCAGAGGCGGACAGCGAUGUUACCGCGGAUAAGCUCAUUAGAGACUAUGUCAGAGAGAUGAUCGACCGGGACGAUCUGUCCGACUUCACUGUGGCGACUCGCAUCGCUUCUUUGAAAAGUUUCGACAAAGAACUUGCAGUCGCAGAAUGCCUGGACCAUUUGGGUGCGGGACUCGAGACUACAGGCGACACUUUGUGCUGGCUGAUAUGGGAGCUUUCACAACCUCGCAAUGCCGAGCGAAUGGACAAAUUGCACACUGAACUCAAGGACGUCCCAGCAAAUGCGCCGCUAGACAAGCUCCCUUACUUGGAACUCGUAAUCCAGGAAGCCCUCCGCUUGUACGCGCCAGGAACACAAUCUUUGCCGCGUUACGUCCCCAGUGGUGGAAGGGAGAUCGAGGGCUACUUCAUCCCAGCGCACACAACGGUGGCGUGUCAGUCGUUCACGAUGCACCGGGAGCCACAGAGUUUCCCCGAUGCAGAAAGUUUUCUGCCAGAGCGCUGGUCAGACACCAACGGGAACGUCGAGCGCCAGCGUCUCAAUAUGUCAUUCGGACUCGGAGCGCGAUCAUGUAUUGGUCGAUAUCUAGCGCUGGCCGAAAUGAGGUCACUCCUGCAUGCGGUCUAUUCGAAAUAUAGGACCAGUCCAGCUACAGACAUGACUGCUUCGAUGCACUUCGCCGACACUGUCCUAACUUCGUAUCCGAAAGACAAACUUUGCAAGAUUUCCUUCACGCUUUAUGAUGAAUAA